UACGCUCACCUCUAAUAAGAUUCUGCAAGUUGUAAUACCAUUUCUUUGCGCCCAGAUAAAAAAUAUAUAUUUUUCUUGAAUUCGUGAUAUAAAACACGGUGCUCUAAAAAUAUCAGAGCAUAUUCAAUUUGAUUGUGUCGGUCUAUACAGUUGAAUAUAAAAAAUGGAAUGUAAAACGGCACUGUCCUUUGUAAUCCUGAUUGCCGGGAGUGUCGUGAUACCUGCGGCAAUACCACUGUUACAUUUAUGCCGCUGCUUGAUUUCCUAUGGAGAUGAAGGUGUGACCGCAGAUUGCAGUAACAAUUCCGGCUUUGAUAUCAAGUGCUUGUCUCGGUCUCCUCAACUUGAGUCCUUGUCUCUUGCCGGAAAUAAUCUUACGGAAGUGCCAGAAGAACUUAAUUCAACGGGGUUCGAGAACAUUCUGCGCCUGGACCUCUCCAAUAACAGAGUUUCCAAUCUGCCAAGCUGGAAGUUCGCUGCAAUGCCUCGCUUGCAGAGCCUGAAUUUAAGCCAUAAUUACAUAUCGAAACUUCCCAAUGAAGCGUGCCGAAUACCAUCCGUCGAUUUAAGUUACAACAAUCUGACCGAUAUGUCCAACCUGGUCGGCAUCUUCAAAACCAAAGCGACGAUCAGAGGCAAUCCGAUUCGGUGUGCCUGCAAUUUGACCAUCGCAAGGAGAUUCUUUGUAAAGCCAACUAUCUCCAACCUGGAAGCUAUUGAUUGCAUUAUGCCUGGCUUUAAGGUGGCCAAACCUCUUGCGACGCAGUGCAACCAGCAAUACAACGAAGAGCAGUCCCCAUCAAAUUGGAAAAUCCCCAUGUAUCUCUUCAUAUUUCUUUUCAUAUUUGCUGUGGGCAUCUUUUCGGUGUGUAAGAGUUAGAGACUGCAUUUUGUUUGUUCGAAAUUUUUGUAGCCGUUAAAUGAGCUUCUAAUAUCAGUAUUUUUAAAACAUUUAUUCCAUUGGUAUUUAUACAACAAAAGUAUUUCAUAUUCAUUUUUACUAAAUUAAUAAAUCCU